AGUAUAGCCCCUCCCACCGCAAACAAAAAGUCUAGUGUUGGCGCCCCGAUGGAGAACGCAUGGUACGAAAGUGGUGAGGGAAGCGGUUUUGAGUCUGCUUCUCCCUCCUGCGUCCUAGACAUACUUCCGUGCUCAAUAACCAUAACUGGCAACAUUGUUUUGGUCAUCUUCUAUGGUAUUUUCCUUGGUUUUGCAGCUAAAGUUAUAUCAGAUGGAGCGGAGAUGUUGCUGGACCUGGGACUGCCAUCUGCUCUCGUUGGAGGAAUAGUGCUACCACUGCUUGGGGCAGUCCCUGACUCGGCCAUGAUUAUAGCGUCGGGGGUGGGCAAGAGCAGAGAGCAGGCCAACAAAGAAAUAGCUGUCGGAAUGGGGACACUUGCUGGUAGUACCAUCAUGUUACUCACUCUACCAUGGCUGGGGAGCAUUAUUCUUGGCCGAGUGGACAUUGUCAAUAAGCAAGGCAAGGAUGGUGUGACAUCGAAAUUCACUGUAAACAGCUUCGUUAAACAGGCUAUCCAUCAAAUAUCUCAUACAUGACAGGAUUAAAGAAGAACUCUCAUUUCUACGUUGAAGGAUCCCUCUGAGCUAUAUAUUAUCAAAGCACAGACACUCCAUCCCGUCAUGUUCAAUGCACAAUAAUGCUCCUCUCAUAGCUGAACUGUGUUGCUGCAUACUUGCAACAACAUGUCAUUAGGUUACUCUGAUAAGCACUAAUGAACUGCAGAUACCCUUCAUCCAAUUUGUUGAUCUUAUAUUCAAUUUUGUAGUUACAGUGGAACCUCAUUAAUACGAACACUGUUAAGCGAAAUAACUGUUUGAUACGAACCACUUUGAAAUAGCCAACCUAGCUUACAAACCACAAACAUGCGCAUUUUGAGCCGAGGGUUUGCACUUUAGUGCUUUUCAUUCUUCCGGCAGGCGAGGAGAGUAGCGCCACAAAGGCGGGGUAGAACUGGGGUUGGUGCCAGCCCGGCAGCGAGGACAUUCACGAAACUGACCAGAGAGGUGAGUGCCUCCCUGGCCCGGUCUGGUGCAGGAAAACACACAGCUUCGCGAAGGUGGGUUGGUCGGAGACCAGAGGGGCCAGCCGCAGAACCACUAGGGAAGGAUUUCACCGCUUUGAAGACACAAGCCUCAGAAACUGAUGUAGGAGGAGGCACCGGCCCUAAAGGUAGAGCAGCAUGUGGAUGCAUCUCCCGGAGAGAUCGAAGGCCUUCAGAAGAAAGAGCUUGAAUCGCCUUACUGCACAAACCAUCCUGGGCACGCCUAGCAUUGUGACUCAGUUGAGAGGUAGAGGGUGCUCUUGCUUGCCUAGAGAGUGUGCAGCCCUCGGUCUGGGCCUGACUCCACAAAGUAGUGGCCCACCUGUGCAAACGAGACUUCACUUGCCGAAUAUCCCGCCAUGGCAGGCGACGUCCAGCAGCAGGGCUGACAAGAACACAUUUAGGGAGCAUGAAAAGUUUGGUCCACAGGACCAGGUCAUUAGGGUUGUUGGUGACUGAAGAGAGGCAGUCACUGAGUGCCUUAGCCCAGAUAUCCCUGGCCCCCUUGGGGACGUGUUGAAAAGUAGGUAUGUAUGACUGAAAGAUAGUGAAGAGUGAAGGUAGGGCAUUCGUUCCAUGGG